UGUCAGGGGGUGAUGCUCCGCAGCGUUUGUUUGUUUGCUGCCGUGCAUUGGCUCGGAUUUCUGACCUUAUCGCCCUGCUUGCUGCUGCCACAUCUUCGCCUCGGGAGGGUGUCUUGUUGCUAUUUCCAGGAGAAUGAAGCCUUUCCAGUAAACAUUGUAUCAGGGGCCCAUGUGAGUGCGCUGUUGUCAACUGGGCCGGGCCGGGCUGGGCUCAGCUCAUUAUCCCCGGAGACAGGGAGGAGACUGUGCUGGUAGGAUGACAGUCCAGCCGGGGAGCCGUGAGUGAGAGAGAGAGAGAGAGCUUGCCUGGCGUUCGCUCUUUCACUGUCUGCAGACCCUGUGGAACAUGGAGCCGCUCCGUCCCUGGCUGCCCUGAAUGGGGCCAGCAACACGGUUCUGAUCCACGGCCCCGGCAGACUUGGAGAAACGCAGACAGCCUGCAGGUCGCUGUGUUCCACAACACUCCUCCGGACCUUACCAUUUACUGUGCAAGUCCUAGAGAAAACGAAGAACUACAGAUGCUGGAGAUCUGAAACAAAAACAGAAACUCAGCAAGUCUGGCAGAAUCUGUGGAGAGAAAGCAGAAUUAAAGUUUCAAAUUGUGUAGAGUUCUGGUAGAUCACUCGUGAGUCAGAUUUCCCUCAUGGCUGGGGAAUGGAAUGGGCUGGAUUUUCAGCAAGUAUUUGACAGUGAGGUUAGCUCAGUUGGCGAGACAGUGAGCACUUUGGCACAUUUCAGUUAAUAAUCAUUGAGGACCUGCAAAUAAUCCAAGAAGAGAACACAUGACACUGCCACAUUUAAAACUAGGCUGGCAGACUCAUAGUUUCAGGUUACUUUCAAUCUGGAACAAAAACUGGUUUCAAGACAGAAAACAGCGAGUCAUGCUAAAGGGUCAUUUUACCAACUGGAGGAUGUCUCCUAAGGUCAGCGCUUGGACCACUGGAAUGUAGCAACAAAUCGGUCACUGGUAUUAAACGUGGAGGAGAGCCCUAGUCUCGAUGGAGAGGUGGUGACAGGGUUGAGCGGAGACUUUGUGGAAGGGGCAGUUGAGAGUCUGAGUGGCACACAGCACUGACGAGCUGGCAGACUCCUCCACAGGAUGGCAUCAAAUUUCAAUGACAUUGUGAAACAGGGAUACGUGAGGAUGAGGAGCCGGAAACUGGGGAUCUACCGACGGUGUUGGCUCAUCUUCAAAACAUCAUCCAGCAAAGGACCCCGAAGAUUAGAGAAAUAUCCUGAUGAGAAAGCAGCCAAUCUCAAAGCGAGUCCCAAGGUGACCGAGAUCAGCAAUGUUAAAAAUGUUACCCGCUUACCGAAGGACACUAAGCGCCAGGCUGUAGCCCUCAUCUUCACCGAUGACACGUCCCGCACCUUUACCUGUGAUUCAGAGCUGGAAGCUGAGGAAUGGCACAAAAUUCUCUCCAUGGAAUGUCUCGGGGCAAGACUUAACGAUAUCACCCUGGGUGAGCCAGACCUGCUUGCUGCUGGUGUUAUGUGUGAGCAAAACGAGCGUUUCAAUGUUUACCUCAUCCCCUCCCCAAACCUGGAUGUCUACGGAGAGUGUAUGAUGCAGAUCACGCACGAGAACAUCUACCUCUGGGAUAUACACAACACACGCAACAAACUGCUCAGCUGGCCGCUAUGCUCGCUGCGUAGAUAUGGCCGUGAUAACACACGCUUCACCUUCGAGGCUGGACGCUUGUGUGACACUGGGGAAGGAUUGUUCACGUUCCAGACAAGGCAGGGGGAAGAGAUUUAUCAACGGGUUCACACAGCCACUCUGCGUAUCGCAGAGCAACACAAACUCAAGGUCCUGGACAUGGAGAAGAACAUGACAAUAUUAAACAAGAGUACAGAAGUGGAGCACUUCCCAUCUGCAGCUAGUGCCGUGCUGCCCCGCAGUGCCUUCUGGCACCACAUAACAAGCUCACAGCACACUGGAGAAAUGGUCCACAGCAACCCAGAGUUAUACUGCACAGGCCAAGCAGCAGGUGACAUGGACUCCUUCCCUGGACAAGCAAGUACUUUAAGCAGUGACUGCAGACUCUCUCCACACUUCCCCACUCAGUGAGUUAGCUGGUCAGAGCUUGCCUCAACCUGCAGAGACAGCUGAGCCAUAAUUUCAGUAAGGACCAACAGGAGAUUGGGACAAAGCACUCGCCACUCCCACCCCUCUUCCCUCCCCCCGCCGCCAUCUUACCCACCGUGUACAAAUGCAAAACAAGACAAAGAACCACUGCAUUUUACAGGAAUGGGAGAGGACAGGCACUCCGAAGUCUUGGAAGAGACUUUCAAACCCUUUUCAGUAUUGGAGAAAUCUACGGGUAAAGGCCGAAGCACGAGCCCACUGAGACGUGGCACAAGGAGCAGACCUGAGAAGGAAGGCCAGUAUGCACAGUCACUUGGUGACCUAACUCAGGACAGUCAGAGCUGGCUUUGUUUUCAGUAUCUCCAGUUGCAUCACUGGCAAAAACUCUUAUUGUGAACACAAUCUUGGUGCCUGCACAGGGACUGGCCUGACACGAGAGUCCCUCUGAUAUGAAAAUUGAGAAUAUGUUCUCCUUCCAAAUGCUGGAAUCCAAUCAGUCACUUUAUGAUAGGUACUCAGUUCAUUCACAGAAGGGCUUUAUGAGUUUUUAUUGGACCUCAGGCUCCUUUCAACUUUAAUGCAGUCCAAAAUGAGACUGCUGACUUUUCCUCCUCAGUCUCUAAUCUCUCAGUAUCUGCAGCUCCUGUGGUCUAUCCAGACAUGUUGCUCUGCACCUGUUUGCAAUGGAUUCCUGUAGGUGUCUGACACUUGUUCCCAAUGUACCAGCCUGGAGUCUCUGGGCUCUCACUGCAGGAUCUAACCCCUGUACCAGAGGCUGACUGGCCAUAUCAAACUGAAAUAAUCCCAAAUAGCAACUGUUUCCCUGAACUCUCCCACUCCUCUUACACACCGGAUUAGCUUAAUAACUCCAUAGUGGUGGAAAAGGCAAGUUGCCCAUUUCCUCAUUUCACUGUCUGUUCAUAUCAUUAAACAGUAUUGUUUACAGGAGACAUUGCAAACCCAGUGGUUCCCUCCUUCCCUCUUCUCCCGUCUUCCUCACACUGCAAUGCAGAGGUUCAACCUGGAACGAUGAGGAGAGCUCAGCAACAAGCUGGUGACAUGAUGUGGCACAGGAAGAGGCCAGCCGUUGAUUUCAAAGCCAAACUUGCAGGAAUUUCCUCACAAGCCAGCUCUCGUGAUACUUCCCACCUCACCUCCCUCCCAACCAGUAGGUCACAGCUGACCAAGGGAAGUCCUGGAGCAGGAAUCCACAACAGCAAUACAACCUUGAUAUUCAAGUGGGGGUGAAGCUCAUUGCUAGCACUAUUAGUGGGUGGAUUGGGGCAAGGCAACAGAUGCUUGGAAGGGCUAUGUCCAAUGUGAGUAGUCUGUGCUAGCUCUCAGACAGGCACUUAGAAGUGGGGGGAGGGGGUUGCUGCUGACUGGCGUCAGUAACCAAGCUGCACUCUCUCUCUCUAGCGACCCACACCAAUGUGCCAGCAGGAGACUGGUUUCCCCCCCUUUUCUAGACACUCCUGUGAUCUGGGUGGGGUCUCACUGGCUCAGUCAGCAACCACAGAUUCAACAGCAGUUCAGAACUAACCUGUAUAUUGGAGAAAUGCUAUAAACUGAGAAAGCCCUGUCACAUCUGUGUGUACUGGCACACGGGCUGAUGAACCUUUUGAGACAGGUCAAUUCAAAUAUCCCUCAGUGCACUGUAAAAACUCAGUGCAACCAUUCAGGACAUUCUUCUCUCAGAAACUCCUUCACCAGGGCAGUUUCUGUCACACACAAGGUUAAUGCUGCAUUCUCCUGUUGCUGCACCCACACUACACUGACAGCAGCCUGAAGGAGCAGCAGCAAGCACAGUGAACACUAAAAUAGCUGAGCCUAGGGCCCUGCACUAGUCACAUUCAUUAAAGUGUGAACACAAUCUCUGCUCGUGGUUCAUGAAUGGUCUGCUGUUUAGGGACAGGCUACAAUACACAUUGUACCUGUGUCCCAUCUCCAUCUGAUCCUGAGCCACAGUGUGUCUCAUUUACAGCAUGAAUAGAUCCACAUGAAAUAUACUCAUGGUCUGACAGCAUGUGAUGUGAAUCAGCAGCUUUUCAAUAAAGUUGAAAAAUAUG